UUCGUCAUUCUUCAAAUUACUAAGUCAUGGGCACAGCUUCUGAACUUGCUACCGACACCGCCGCGCUGCACUUUCUCCGGACCGCGUCCAAGGACUCCCUCGUGGAAGCUCUCGACAUUUCGCCUCUUGUGGCCGAUCGCAUCCUCGACCAGCGUGCCGCGAACGGGUUUACGUCCAUCGACGACAUCAAGAAGAUCACGCUGCGCAAGAAGGAACUCCUCGCCUUCCACGAUGCCCUCGCACAUGCCGCCACGAACACACGUCCUUACGACGACAAGAACCCCCCUCUCUCUCCCGUGAAUGACCCCGACCCUGCUUCAACCAUCAAACAACGUGGAUCGUUCUCUGAAAAGACUCUCGAAAGAUCUCAACGUCCUUGUCCCCGCCGUGUCGACUGCAACCGCCACGGCCGCUAACUACGUAUGCUCCUUUCCAGCGCCACGAUCAUCCAUAUGCUGUGCUGUAUAUAUUCAUCCCACCAUCCAUAUUGCGUUCCGCCGUAUCACUUAAGUAACCAACUUGCCAUUCUUCGUCCAUA